UGUACGGAAUGCGAAAAGGGACAACAGGACGGAAAACGCGUUUGGGAAUUACAGGCGUGUUGAUUAAUAGCUUUUUAUUUGAGAUUGCAGUGUGGUCAUUUAAAGUAUUUAGAGAGCUGAUGUGAUUCUCUAUCAUAUUGAUGAAGUUUUUUUUUAAAAUAGCAAAUUAGAAUAAUAUGAUGCUCAGGACCGUGUCCAGUUCUCCUCUGGCUCCUUCUGUGAAGGUCAAAUUAAUAAACGCUGGCUUUCACACAGCUGCAGAUCUGACUGAGGUGCAGCCGCUCCAGCUGUGUAAAGCAGCAGGUUUAUCUCAGGAGGAGGCUGAUGAGGUGUUGUGGACGCUGCGUGAUGACUCCUCGCCCCUCCAGCAGGGGGCAGAGCUGCAGAGUCUAACGGCGCUGGAUCUCCUGCAUCAGGAGGAGACUCGGGGCAGCAUCGUCACCUUCUGCUCGGAGCUGGACUCUGUACUCGGUGGUGGGGUUCCUGUGGGGAAGACUAUGGAAAUCUGCGGCGUUCCGGGCAUCGGAAAAACCCAGCUGUGCGUGCAGCUGGCUGUAGACGUGCAGAUCCCCGUGUGUUUUGGAGGACUGGGUGGUGAAGCCGUGUUCAUCGAUACAGAGGGCGGGUUUGUGGUGCAGCGGCUGGUGGGCGUGGCUGAGGCAGCGGUGGAGCACUGCGCCGCUCUGGCGGAGGACGAAGAGCAACGUGGAGCUUUAGAGAGCUUCACCGUGGAGAAGAUCCUCUCCGGCGUCUUCCUGGUGCGCUGUCAGGAUCACGUGGAGCUGCUCGCUGAGCUUCACCUCCUGCCCGACUUCCUGAGGAAACACCCACAGGUGCAGCUGGUGGUGAUUGACAGCGUGGCUUUCCCCUUCAGACACGACCUGGAGGACCUGUCUCACAGGACCCGCCUCCUCAGCGCCCUCUCACUUCGGCUCACUCGGCUAUCGGCUCAGCACGGCCCAGCGGUGGUGUUGACCAAUCAGAUGACGACUAAAGUCUCGACCGUCCAAUCCAAGCUCAUCCCUGCUCUGGGUGAGAUUUGGGGUCACGCAGCCACACAGAGACUCAUCCUACACUGGGAAGGAGCUCAAAGGUUUGCGUCUCUGUACAAAUCGUCCAGCCACAGAGACGCCAGCGUCCCCUACCACAUCACGGCUGAAGGAUUCCGAGACGCAAGUGUUUCAGUGUCUUCUGUCCCGUCUCGCAGUCCUGCAGCAGGAAGCCACAGCAAACGUCCUCGCACUGAACAGCAGCACAGUUAAUCUCUCUCUCUCUCUCUCUCUCUCACACACACACACUCACACAGUAUUAAGACAGGAAGAACUGAUCUACAGUCACUGAUCUGCACUUCCUCUACACUGCUCUGUCAGAAUAAAGAUUCAUUUUCUGUCAUUAAAAAUGAUCUGAACUUCGCUGUCAAAUUAUCCAUUUUUGUAUUAAAACAUUAUCACUGGAAUGUUAACUGGUGUACAUGUAAUAAUUAUAAGCGUUUAUUAUUGAUGCACAGUUUGUGUAUUAAUUGAUUAUUUCCAUUUUUUAUAUCUUUUUUAAAAGAUUCUUUCAGCUUAAAGACUUUUGGCUCAAUUAAAAAAGUUUCUGUUUGAGGAAAUCAUUCUUACUGCAGGUUUUUAUUUUGGUAUGAUCUUAUCUUGAUUUGUCUUAUAUUACAGUGUAUAUAUAUUUUUAUUUGAAAGGAGCACCUUACUGCACUUUUUGUUCAAUUAUUCAUAAUUACUCAUGUAAUAAAACCAGAGUGGGGUUGUUCUUUUUUCCCCCCAUCAUUGUUCAUAUAGCGAGUGCGAAAUAUUACAUGGUUAUCAAAAUGUGCAGAUUUUGUUCUGAGGAAAAAAAUGCAACUUUUAAACCUUAAAAGUUUAAACAAUAAAACUCCCUGGCUAAAGUUUUAUAGAAAGAUUGAAAUAAUGUGACGAUAAAACUCAAAUGGAAAGAGGCAGCUGUUUCACAAAUUUACAUUUAAAUGCUUUUUGAGAGAGAGUGAGAUGAAGAGAGAGUGUGUUUUACUUCUCUGGUGGUGUUUUAAUUUCUCUUGUUUCAUUUUCUGUACAGUACUUGGGCCAAUGUAAGUUGCUUUAAUAAAUAACUCUUGCUUA